UCAAAUCCAAAUAAUCUAAUAUUGUCUACUAUAAUAGUACUAUAUAUUAUCAUAAAUAAUUAAUAUUAUGUUAAAUGCUGAUUUUAUUUUACUGUCUAAACUCUAAACUCUAGUCAAUUUAACUAUUUAUUAAAAAAAAAAUAGUUGCCACUUUUCUUUGUCAUUUUGUCAGUUAUCAGUUAUCAAAUAUCGGCUUACCGCGCAUAGAGUAAGACUACUCUAUGACAGAGUACCGCGCCUGUUGAGUGUUGAUCACGGUUUAAAACUUAAAAGUAUAUCUUUAAUCGUGCUAGCUGACGUGCUGUUCAUUCAUUUAUGGUUCAAUCUCCUGGUGUCAUUACUCAUUAAGUUCUUUCUUCACUUUGUUAUUUUUUCUUCUUUGUUGACAGCUUACAGUAGAAAUAAAACAUUAUUUUUAAGAUUUACUGUUUGCCGCAUAAACUAGAGUCUUCAUAGUUCACUGUUAAAUGUUGAGAACUUGGCUACUUUUAAUAUUUUUUUAUUAUAGCUUCCAGUAACUCACUAUAAGUACUACCAGUUGUGUAGCAAACUUUAAAAGUCGAUCAUAACUUAUAUAUUUUUUUUGCCGAGUAAAUAAUCAAUUUAUUUAAGAUUGAUUAAAAUUUUAAAUUAUAAUGAACAGCAACUAUAUAGUUUGUCAUAAUAUUUCUGAUGUGAAAUCGGCGAUUUCAUAUGAAAAUAAUUCAUUCGAUGUUCGCAUUGAAUCUAAAUUGCCUGAAACAACUAAAACUGAGAAAUGUAUUUUGGGAAUUGACGAAGCUGGUCGUGGUCCUGUCCUUGGUCCAAUGGUAUACGGUACAUCUUACUGUUCAGUAGAUAAUCAAGCUAUACUAAAAUCAUUAGGAUGUGCCGAUUCAAAAGUUUUGUCUGAACUAGCUCGAGAUGAAAUAUUUGAUGGAAUAACCAAGCAAUCUGAAAUACUUGGAUGGGCUGUACACAUUAUAUCACCAACUACAAUAAGCAAUUGUAGUUUUAGAAGGCAAAAGUGUUCUUUGAACGAAAUUUCACAUAAUGCUGCAAUUGGUUUAAUACAGCGAGUUUUGGAUAGAGGAGUAAAUAUUUGUGAAGUAUUUGUUGAUACUGUUGGACCCCCUGAUAAAUACCAAGAAAAAUUAUUAUCAAUAUUUCCUCAAUUAAAAAUAACAGUUUCUAAAAAAGCUGAUUCUUUGUUUCCAAUUGUAAGUGCUGCUAGUAUUUGUGCCAAAGUGACCCGUGAUGCUGCGUUAAAAAAUUGGAAAUUUAUUGAAAGGCCUGGAGAAGAUAUUGAUUCUAAUUGGGGAAGUGGAUACCCAAAUGAUCCUGUAACUAAAGAAUAUUUAAAAAAAAACAUAGAUCCAGUAUUUGGAUUUCCUAGUAUUGUAAGAUUUUCUUGGUCUACAGCUGAAUUGGUAUUAAAAAAUAAUGCAGCACUAAUAGACUGGUCUGACGAAGAAGAGGAUGAAGAUAAAAAAUCAUUACCUAUUACAUCAUUUUUUGGUCAAAAUAGUAAACAAGUUCAUCAAAAAACACCUUUUUUUGAUGAUAGAGGUUUAAUAGUUACAACUAAAUUUUAGUAAAUGAUAAAUCAUUAUUAUAUAUACAUUUAUAUUAUUUUAUCUAAAUAAUUUUAAUAGUUAUUAAUGUAUUUUUUCGACUUUUAUAAUGUUUACAAUAUUUUAAAUUCACCGUUCAAUAAUAACAUUUUACAUGUAAAUUAAAA